CGCACGCAUACACCGGCGAGCACACAUUGGCGCACGGCCAACAGUGAAUUCGUUCGCCGGCUCCCAACAGGAACGCGUCGUCGCCGACAUACACAGCGUGAGCGCCAACCUAACCGAGGGGGAACACCAUACAUAUAUAGAUACACCGUUAUUAAUUCUACGGUCGUGGGCGAGUCGUUUGUGAAAAUGGCCGGGGAAAAGCGCAGCCAGGAUCAGGACGAGAUCGCGAGGACGGUGCUCGUAGACAUCGAAGGCACCACCACGAGCAUCAGCUUCGUGAAGGAGACUCUUUUCCCCUACGUGCGCCAGAAUUUGAAAAAUUAUAUCGAGACAAAAUGGGAGGAUGAGGAAUUCAAACAAGACUAUGAAAAAUUAAAGGAACAGGCAAAAAAGGAUGAGGAAGAUAAAUUAGAUGGUUUUGUAGCGAUUACUGGUGAUAAGCCUGAAGAAGAAAAAGAUUCACUUUUGAAAAAUAUUUUGUGGCAAAUGGAUAAUGAUCGUAAGACAGGGGCAUUAAAGCAAUUGCAAGGACAUAUGUGGCGUGAAGCAUACAAAACAGGCGCAGUUAAAGCUCAUGUUUACGAAGAUGUUCCUAAAGCGCUUGAAUCUUGGAAAAAUGAUGGCAGAAAAAUAUAUGUCUACUCAAGUGGCAGUGUUGAGGCACAAAAACUUCUUUUCGGGCAUUCUAUUUAUGGCGAUUUGCUUAAGUAUUUCAGUGGUUUCUUUGACACAGAAGUAGGUGCAAAGCAAGAAAGUGAUAGCUAUAAGAACAUAUUGAGUAAAAUUGACGAUAAACCAUCCAAUGUUGUUUUUCUCACUGAUGUUGUAAAAGAAGCCGCAGCUGCCAAGGAAGCAGGUUUAUCAACAAUCAUCGUAGUACGUGAGGGUAAUGCAGCUCUUAAUGAUGAAGAAAAGAUUACGUAUACGACUAUUAAAUCCUUCUUGGAUUUAACGUUUCAAACAUCUACGAAGCGACAGAAAGUAGAAACAGCAAAUGAAAAAGUUGAGAAAGAUACAACUGAUGUCAGUGAGCCGAUGGAUACUUCUGAAGAUGUAGAAAUACCCAACAUUAAUGAUCAAAAAAAUGAAAAAAACGAAGAUGAGAAAGAAGUGACUGAAUCAGAAGAAGCAGAAUGUUUAAAAAGUCAAUUGUCACAAGAUGCUUCAAUUUCUCUGCCACUAAAGGAAGAAGAAAUGGCGAUUGAAAAAGAGCCCUUAAAUUCUGAACAGGAGACUCCAAUUAUGGGAGCAGAAGAAUCUAGUGUCAAACCUAAGGAUAAGAAUGAAGAUACAAGCUCAUCUGGAAAUGCAGAAGAAACAAUGAAAGAUGAUGCUACAGUGCUAGCCACAAAAAGCAGCGAUCAAAUUGCUAUACCAGAAAAGACUGAAAAAGACUUAGAUACAGUCACAACUGAAAUUAUUCCCACUGCCAAUAAAUCCUUAGAUGUAUCUAUAUCAGAAUCUGUAUUAAAAUCUGAAAAUGCUUCGACAUCUUCUGAGAAAAAAAUCAAAGAUUCAACAGACAUUGCAAAAAAUGUACAAGCUGAACUUGUCAACAAAACUCAAAUUGAAGAUGACAAAAAAGACAACAUUGAACCGCAGUCAUGCAGUCAAAAUUCUGACAAAAUAACAGCAGAUAAAUCUGAAAAAUGUUUAACAGCAGAAAAAGAUGAAGUAAAAGAAGAAUCGAAGAUUGUUUCUGGCAUAUCUGAAAGCGAAAAUGUUUUAACGAAAAAUGAACAAGAAGAAAAAAAAAAUCAAGAGUCAACUGUGGUAGACUUUACGGAAAAUGGGGAGACUGUACAGAAAGCUACGGAAAAAACUAUAGUGACAGAAACGGAAGCAACAACAAGUACGACAGACGUAAAGAAAGAAGUAACAACUGAAGCAUCCACAGAGAAAAGUUUGGAAGCAGUAGCAAAAACUGAAAAAAUCGAUGAAAAGACACCCCAAGAAACGAAGGAAACGGUGGUCACUGACGCUGAAAAACGCGAGACUGAAACUACGAAACAGGAGAUAACAAAAGAUGAAGAUACAGUGAAAGAAGAGAAUGUGAUGGAUAUGAAAGACAAAAAUAUAGUGGAUUCAGAAAAGCAGCAGAAACUCAAUGGAACCGCACAAAACGGAAAUAAUACAGAUGUGCCAGUGUUGGAUGACAAAUUACACAGUAACGGACUGAACGAAGGAACAUCGAAGGAGACGACGAGCGAAGAUGCGGCAGCGCAAAACGGUGAGCCUGAGAGUUCGUCAGAAAGUAGUGCGGAGUCUAUAAAAGUUAAAAAGGUCGUCGAUUCUACCGUAGUCGACGGUGCCGGAGAAUCCGACGUUGUUCCUCCUGUAGUUGUAGCGGCGACGUCUUAACUUUGUUCUUAUACAGUUUAAGGAACCCUACAUGCAUAACCCUAACCCACAAGUACUUAUUCACAGGUAUAAACUGAUAUAAAUUGAUUCCAUAUACUUUACGUAAAUCGUACUACGCGUUUAAAACGUGACGCGCUAUUUUAAAAUGCAGUUCGUAAAUUACCGUUCCUUUCGAUCAUUAUAACGAGAAAUAGAAAAUAGCGGGAUAUGAAAGAUUUGAUUGUUCUUUAAACAUUACGGUAGUUGUAUAUUUUAUUUUUCGUGAUGAUGGCCAACUUCUAUUUAUAUGAUGUCUACAUCGUUAGCGUUUUAUGUUAACUCGUACAUACACUGACUGAUGCCUAUAUCACGGAGAUCGGCUUCUAUCGUUAAUUUUUUCAUGUCUGCUUUCCCUAAUAACGAUUCAUCUUCGAUUAUCACAAUUUCUGAAAGGGAAAGCUUGACGUGACAUAUUACGAUUAAACUUGCAAAACUUUCUUAGCUGUAAUUUCGCGCGUGAUCGGUCUAGAAGUAAUCGAACGUGUCAUCCACUGUAAUCGAUUACUAUGUGUUUUCUCUCUCCCCAAUAUUACUAUUAAUAUUUACAUGUGUAUUGACUUAUCUUUUUUAUAUCGCCUAAACAGAGAAUGAGAUCAUACAUGAAAAACUGAUAGGAUAGGUAAUUCCAAUAUAGUUGCAGUAUGUUAAAAUGUCGAUUGUAUCUGUGCCAAAUGAAUUUAACGAUUCGAAAUCUUGCUUCCUUUAUUUUACCUCUUCAGUUUUCUUUUCCUUGAUAAUUUGAUAUAUUAUAUUAAAAGAUUUGGUCAAUGUUUUAGUGCUGCAACCAAUUAUAAUGAAACUGAUUAAUAAUUAUUUUAAGACUGAAUUGAUAACAAAAUGUCAAAUGUCAGAACACAAAACAGUCGAUGGUUUUUUAGAUUAUAUUAUAGAUUUUUGUUGCGCACAGCAUAUUUAACUUUUUAUGCGUUAAUAAACAAUGCACAUUUUAAGUUUAAAUAAUUGUAGAUACAUCGCAACAUACAGUAAACUUUAUUCGUUACUUCUGCUCAUUGCAUUUGUUAUAUAAGGUAAUUAGAAAUUUUUUAAUAUUAGAGCUUACAUCGAUACGCUUUCUCAUCGUUUUGUCUGCCUAACAUGGUUAUCGUCGCAUAUUUUUUUUUAACGAAUGUUAAUAUAAUAUGGGACCGUUGAAUUCAAUCACUAAACAUUCGUCAAAGAUUUUAAGAGCUUACUUUAGCUUUUAUAUAUGCAUUAUCAUUUCGUGAUUUAUAGUUCAUCAGCCUUAGAGAUGAAUUGGCUUUAAAUGAUUACUUGAAUAAACUAUCUCUUGAAUAACGAUCUAAUGAUUACAAUUUAAAAAAACACGUAACCAAUUGGAUCCAUUCUUCCCUCUAUGAUUGAAUCGAAUCACGACAUGAUUUCAAAAUACUCGCAGAAGAGCAUAUCGAUUUGUAGAUUUACUCUGUUCAUUCCUAUAAACUGAUAUUGAUAAUUAUUGCAAAAUCCGUAUGCAUAAUGGCAUUUACAUUAUCGCUUUACAUAUAAUCUAAGUUUAAGUAGACUUGCCAAAGGCAAGUAGAUGCUGUUUUAUAUAAACCAAACUUGCUUAGAUUAUAUGCAAUAUAUGAUAAUAUAGAUGCAAUAUACAUGGAUUUGCUCAUUUUUGUGACGCUCAACAUAGUAUACGGAAACAAUACUAAAUAAUAAUAAUAAUAAUAAUAAUAAUAAUAGCGAUUAAAAUAAAAUCUCAUACGACGAUUUCGUUCAUUAUUAUUAUUAUUAUUAUCAUUAUUAUUAUUAUUAUUAUUAAUAAUUUUACUUCUAUUCUUGAUGCCCAUUCCUGUUAAAUCGACUGUGAUUUAAGAAUAUUGAUAGACAUAGGUUUUUUUUCGAAAGGAUUCGUUGUUAUUGAGGAUGCCAAGGCGAUUGUUUUUGUCAACGAAUGAUAUUCUGUUGCGAUUAUUAUUUUUAUUCGGAUUAACAUGCCCGCGUCGAAAUUACUAACAAAAGAGGACUUCUAUAGAUCGAUAGACGAUUUCGCGUCGUUCGCUUAUGUUAUGUUGGCCGACUAUGCUAGGGAGACGCGAUGAAAUGAAAGAAACGCGCAACACAUCUACGCUAGUGCGUAUAUAACAGGAACGAUUAGAAGACCAAUACGAACAAACCACGAUUUGAUACUUUAUGAUAUACACUCUUAACAGACCUCGCAUAUUUUAUUUGUAAGUCAUUUAUUCGGAGGACGAUAUGAAUGUGUAUUGGAUACAAGCAAUGAUCAUUCUUGCCAUUACAUUACUCAUCUCGAAGUAGUCAAAAUAAAAAUAAACUCUCAUGCUCUCCACCUCGUCACCCUCGUUGCUCAGCGACAAAUUUCACCGAUAGUCUAAGAUCAAUAGACCAUUUUUACACACGACCGAAAUGACUCGCUUUCAACUUGAUUCGUCAAAAAAAAUAUAUACAUACAUUUUAAUAGAUUUUUAAAGUUUGAUCUAUGAGGGGACGAGAAUGAAAAGAAGGUAUUUGCCUUUAAUCAUGCAAAUCGACUGAGAAAUUAACGAGGAGAAACACAGAAUCCUUCUCUAUUGACUGAUCAUUAAUAUUAUCGCAUACUAUGAAAAUUGAUAAACUGCCAUUAUUUACGAUAAGUUAGACUCAAGGGUGAAAUGACGAUGUGCACGAAACUUUCUUCGGCUGACUUUCACGACAUCGCCUGAAUCAUCAUCCCCAUAUCAUUCAUACUACUGUUUUGCGUCAAUAGUCGAGAAGGUUGAAGCGCACAUCUUGAUUGCACGCUUGAGCGCGAGUCGUCAACACGCUCAUUUCUCGAUCACAAAUGUGUCCAUCAUAUAAUCUUUUAAUAUUUUCAAUGCCGCGGCAAUCAUGUCGAAGAGCAAGGUCUCCAUAGCAUAUAUAUAUAAAACUUGUACCUAUACAUUUGUAUGUAAAUACGAAGAAAAAGAACAAUAUUUACAUUUACAUUUAAUUUACAAUUUUACCAUAUAUAAUUCCUAAUAUUAGACUUACAGAAAAAUUAAAAUUCAUGCGGCAUUGAAUGUAUUAAUGUUAAUAUUCUAAUGACAGUUGAACUAAUUUAUCAAGUUUCGUGUAACGUGUGAAGUUACGGAACGAAGAACGCUCAAUUGACUGAUCGACUAUUUUAACUCAAGAAUUAACUCGAAAAUCAAUGCUAUCGCGAUCGAGCCUCAUGUGUUUUGUAAAUGAUAAAAGAAAAAAGACAAGAGCUUGGACAAUACAAAUUUUUUACAUUACAUACACAUUUUUAACAUUAGCCACAUACAUAUAUUUGAAUAACUUAAUUUUAAAAAUUAGAACUCUCUAAAAAUACAAUAUACUUUUCUGAUAUUAAUUAUAAUAAAUAUCUUUUAUUAAUUACAAAUGUAAUUAUAUAAGUAUGAUUUUCAAUCUUAAAUAAUGCUAAUGAAAUUUUAGUUUUACUUGUAUGUUUUUAGAAAAAGAAAAUUGUAAUUUGACAGAAACUAAAAUGUCUGACGUAUCAUCGAUAGUUUUCAAAUUCUAUACAUCUAUUCGUUGUAAAUGUAUUAUUAUUAUUUAUUAUUAUACUAUUCUAGUUAUGAAAUUUUUUGACACAGAUUAAAGUAAUACAAAAGUCCGAAUACAUUAAAUACAAUUCUAACUCGAUUCUAACAAGACUAUGGGCAAUCAAAACCUAAUAUGACGUAUUGCUUCUUAUACCAUGACAAAAAAUAGCCUGAUUAAAAUCCAUAUCAAACCUUAUAUUAUUGCUAAGAUUUUCGAAUUAUGUUUUGUUUUAAGAUGAUGCGUACAACGUGAUUCCGCGAUUCUAGUUUUGCAAUUUCUCAAUAAAUUUAUCGAUCGCGAUUUUGGCGAAAAAUAAAGAGGAUAAUUCUAUAACAUCGCACUUUUAGGAUCGUAAUUUACAGAAGACUCUUUACCAUCUUUUCAAAGCGUUAAGAUUACGAGCAAGACGAACAAAGUCCGACAUUAUAUGUAUUAUUAAUAAGAAUAACCUCAUAUUCAUUAGCGAUAUUAUUGUUUAUAAUUGGCUAUAUCUCCAAUCAAUAUAACAUUGUAGGAGAGA